UAAACUACUACCAGUCUACCACACACGAUCCCCCUCUUCUUCCCCAUCCCUUUCUCGCUCGUCAAGCUUUGCAGAUUUUCUGAGCAAUUACCGUUUCCAACAGACACCGAUUCCGUUUUUCUUCAAUGUUCUAUAGCUGAUUCUCUAUCUCUUUCACAGGGACUAAAUCGUGUUUUCAUUCACCACACUUCACUCAGAAUGAGCAGUUCAAGGGAAAGCUCCCCAGAUUGGUUGCGUUCUUUUCAGGCGCCAUCAUCGCAUUCGCCAUUGGUGCUGUCAUCUGAUUCUGAGUCUUUACAUGAUGGUAGCUCUUCAAAUGAGGAUAAGACUGAUGGUGAAGGGUCAUCUCCAAAGUCGCCCAAACUUCCUAAGGUGAACAAGAACAAGAGUACACCUCUAGCUGCAAGCUCUGCCAGGUCUAGAAAGACAUUAAAAGUGGAGACUCUUGAAAUAGAAGAUCCUACACCACCCAGAAGAAAGAAAUUGGAUAAGCUAAAGGAGAAUGAAGGGAACAGUGAGGAAAAGAAGAUUAUGAUUGAAUCGAACGUUGACAAGCAUAUAGACCAUAAAGAAUCUAUUCAUUCAAUUUGGAAUCUAACAUCAGAUUCUGAGUCAUGCCAUGAUCAUAGCCCAAAAAGAGAAGAUCAUAUUGAUCAGGUGGAAACUUCUCAGCAGCAAAUAUCUCAAAUCCUUGGUGAAGGAGAACGUGGGGAUGGAAUUUCCAUUGGGAAAGAUGGAAAGUCUCCAUCCAAAAAAACUUCAAAAGAAAAGUCUUCGCAAAAACAAAUAGAUACAGAAGGUUGUACACCAGUAAAAGGGAAGAAAAUAAAGGGCAGUGCAAAGGGGAAAGAUAAUGAUGGAGAUGUGGAAGCUGCGGAGGAAGAAACUUUUGAAAAGCUUGUUGAACCAAAUGUUUCCUCCUCAAUGUUGCCUUUGAUGCUUUCUGAGAAAGUUCACCGUACAAAGGCACUUAUUGAGUGUCAAGGUGACUCCAUAGAUCUGAGUGGUGAUAUGGGUGCUGUAGGCCGCAUUAUUAUAUCAGAUGCCCCGUCUGGGGAUAAGGAAAUGUGCUUAGACUUGAAAGGAACAAUAUACAAAACAUCUAUAGUUCCUUGCCGGACGUUUUGUGUUGUUAGCUUCGGACAGUCAGAGGCAAAGAUAGAGGGCAUCAUGAAUGACUUCAUACAGCUGAAGCCACAGUCUAAUGUUUAUGAAGCUGAAACUAUGGUUGAAGGGACAUUGGAUGGUUUCUUCUUUGAUUCGGAUGAGGAAGCUGGCAAGAUGCAAAAAGCUGCUCACCAAACUGAUGAAAAUGAGCAUGCGGAGGAACAGACAAAUGGUAAAUCCAAAGGGAAGGCUGACAAAACAUCAGGUGCUGUAAAGAAAAGAGGUAGAAGUACGGGAGUAAAAUCACAACCGAAGGUAGUAAAGAAGAAAGCUCCGGCCAAGAGGGCAAAGACCAAGAAAUGAGUCAAAGGAACUCACUUUUUUGCUGUAUAUGCCAUGAACCAAAUUAGUCAUCCCUGAAUUAAAAGCACAGAUGCUGAAUCACUUUGCCCCUGAAAGUAGUGAUGAUAGUAGAACAGCUGCAGUUAAGAGUUCUUACCAAACCCUCAGCAGAAGAAUUGAAAGCUAAUGGUCCAGUGAAUGAGUUAUUAUCAAUUCAUUCUUAUUAUGUUCUUUUAUUUUAGGCCUGUUUAGACGAUACAUAUAGUAGUUUCUUUUCCAGUGAAUAUUAUGUUAUCUUCUCUUUGAUUUAUCUGCGUUAGCAGGCUAUUAUUAUCCAAAAGGGUCGGUUUGCAGAAUAUGUCGUAUAGAAUAUUUGAGACAAUGAAAUUGAGGGUUUGUAUAUUUCUGUUUACAUUGGAAAUGGCUAUCUGAUUCAUUCCAAA